GCCCGAGGAGUUUCUCCUUGAUCUCUCUUGCUUUCUUAAGAACCCCUGCUGUCCCGUGAAGAUACUUGUAUUCUGCAAGAGCAAUUUUCGACCAUUGAUCCGAGCCGGGUGGUUGCUGGGUGACAUGCUGACCCAUAACCGAUCGCUCACGCACUUCAUGGCUUUAUUCUGUGAACUGGACUCAAUAGGCAUGGUCAAUCUGAUAGAGGGUGUGACGAGGAGCGUGAGCUUGCAAGAGUGUGAUUUGUGGGGGACGAUGCUCCUCACGCAAGCGGUGGAACGCCUUGCAGAUGGCCUUGCAUUGCCAAACAAGCUGCAGAGAGGAAGAGAGGAGGAGCAGGGGGCUGCGGAGGGGAAGGGCACUAAGAUGCAGCAGAAAGGGAGAGAGACGCCAGAGAUGGCAGCACCAAACUCAGAGCACUGGGGCUUGGUGGUCACAGGGCGAGGGAAGCGAACUUGGAACAUAGGUUACGCAGCUGCAACCGCGAGGCCAUGGACGCCCUCGCGAGGGGACUCGACGAGCAUUCUUGGCACCCGGUCAUGGAUGCCCUCGCGAGGGGAGGCAACGGGCGUUCUCGGCACCCGGCUUCAGAAGCUCACUCUCACUCUCCCUAGCAUGCAUGAUGAUGACAGUUCUUGUGGCAAAGGCGAGAGCAUCGUCAAGGCGCUUGCACGGUUGCUGAGCAUGAAUGACAGUCUGAAGGAGUUGAGGGUGCGAAGUCCUGUCCCUGCUGGAGCGAUUAUCAGAAUCCUAGAAGGACUGAAGCGAAACAAUUGCUUGGAGAUCUUCGACUGUCUGGAAAGAGACCGGCCUCUGUCAGAGUCGGAGAUAACACACAUUCUGUCUAUUCUAGACAGCAACAUGACAAUCAGAUCUUUAGGUAGCUUUGGGUCAGGUAAUGUGAGAAUCAACAGAAAGUUGAAGAGGAACUACUGGGAGCGAUCCAUACUGCAAGUUACCGGAGCUGUGGAGUAUACUCCCGGUCGGCACAUUAGAUGUUUUCUGGCAGGCGAGCCAUUUGCUGGGAAGACGGCGUUGAAGAAAUCGAUCACGCAGAGUAAAUUGGACUCUUUGGUGGAGAAAGUUUCAGGUUGGGUGUUGCCGACGAAAGCGAAAGGGGUCAGGAUUGCAAACGUUACUCAGAGGCACUGUGAUGAAGGUACCGCGACCAACAUCCAGUUUUGGGAUCUAGGAGGGGAACAGCAAUACAAAAGCAUUCAUGAUUUCUUCAUGCCUACGUUGGGCAACGAAAUGGCGGUCCUGCCAAUGUUCCUGCUGGUCUGUAAUCCUGUCCGGGUGCGCGAUGGGACGAUGUCGAAAGCGGCGAAAGGAAAAUCUGUUGAAUGGCGAUCGAUACCCGAGUUGAAGAUGCAGUUGAAGUAUUGGCUGAGGCUCAUUGCCGCCAACUCCGGGGCGAUGAGGAAGCCUCUGGUGGCGUUGGUCUUCAACCCUCAUCACCCUUUGCCCAGUCCUUGUGAAUUUACAAGUCAGGCGAAGGAGCUGCUGGAGUGGGCGUCGGUGAAGUUUCAAGACAUGCUGGAGAUCGGUAAUGUGUUGUUUGUUGUCGACGCUCGAGAAAGGGCCGACUGCAGGCCAGUUCGCGACUUCCUUUUUCGUCGAGCAAAAGCCAUCCUCAAGGGGACGAAAAUGCUCCGUGUCAUGGACCAGGUGUUGUCCAAGAUCGUCUCACUGCCAAGACAUUUUCCUCUUCUCUCUUGGGAAGAUUUCAGUCGCAUCUGUCAAUCUGCGGCUUUUCCUUCUCGGUAUAGGAAAGAAGAACCCUUGCUCUGUGAAGAUGGCGAGCCGGUGGCUGAGCAACACCUGUCCAAGGCCGCAACCCGCUAUCUUGCCGACUUGGCGAGUAUCGUGGCCCGCUACCUUCACGAUAUCGGGGAGGUCAUUUGGUUUGACCCGAUGUGCUUUGUGGUCGUCAAGCCGCAAUGGUUCUGCUGCCGAAUCGCCGGCGAACUCAUUCCUUCUGCGUUCCAGAGAUUCGGGAUUCGCAACGGUAUUGCAAGCCUGCAGCUCCUCGAGCACAUCCUUUCCCGAUCACUUCCAGUCCUCUACAAUCACUGGCACAAGGUUGAAGUAAAGGAUUUGAUUAAUUUGAUGGUCAAGAUGGAGAUGGGGUACAAGGUCUUUCAAGACGGUGAAAUGAGUGUGCUGAUACCUGCAUGCCUGCGCGACCGGAGAGUUUGCGGCGACAUCAAAUGGGAGGCCGGGCGCAUGGAAAGCAGCGGUUUUUGUGGCUUCCGAAUCGAGUGCAAAGAUAAGGACCGAACGAUGCUCACCCCAGGAUUCUUCCACCGCUUGCAGGUGCGUCUGCAUGACCAAUUGAAAUCCCAUGGAGUGCAGUACAUCAUAGAGAAGGACCUGAGUCAUAUUCUUGUUAAUCAACUUGGAAUGGAGGUAUUUUUGGAAUUCUCCGGCAUCCAUGACGACUGGAUCGACGUGAUGGUUAGGUGUUCUGAUGACGGACUUGAGCAUGGCAGGGAUUGGGUGGAUGUGAACAUUCUUCGGGAGAUCAACGACCUUUGUCGGGAUCCGGUAGGCCUCCCCGGGGUUGAGUUGAUUGUGAAGGUUAUGCGUCCUGAAUGUGUCGAGCACCUCGUCGCUCGUGAGCACCGUAACGAGUUUCAGGUGGUGGAUGAAGAUAAACUCCUUGACGGGAUGUUGCAAUUCGGUGUCGACUAUGAGCACAAGUGGCCAGAUCUGAAUCAAGGUCCUGCCUUUCGAGUGCUCUCCAAAUCGACCAGUGGGGCUCUUGAUCUUAUCAGACCGUCAGUGCUUAAGGAUUCGAUACUGCGGCAGCGCGAAGCGCUCAGACGGUUAGCGAAGGGGUUCGAACUCCAGCGUCCCAGUCAUCAUCGGGACGGCCAACACAAACUUACACUGACAACUACGAGUCGAAGCGUCAAUAAUCGACCACAGGGUAUUAAUAAGCAAAUGGAAGCCCGGACCGACAACAAAAUAUUGCCUAUGAAGGUUGCCUCCGACCUUGAUGAGGAUGACGUGUCGGGAUCCCGAUCAUUGGAUGAAUUGGCUGAAGACAACAAUAAAUUGGAUACUAGUAACUUAAAGGCCGCCGAUGAGGAUGAACGGUUGGGAUUCCGAUGGUCGGAUGCGUUUGCGGGGGAAGCAGCAGUUGAAGGCGAUCAUGGUGAAUGGGCAAAGCGCUCGUCAGAGAGCAAAUCUGUGCCGGGAUCCGGAUCCUUGGCGGCAGGGACGAGUGAAGAAGAAGAAGAAGAGCAAUGCCACAUGGAAGAAGAAGGCGGCGCCACAAGGUGUAGAUCGUCUGACCUGGUUGGAGGACCGCUAUUGGUCCAUACCACAGUGCCUUCGAGCCGGCAGGAACCCGAGCCGGGGUGCAGCAAGAAGAGAUCUGGUGAGAGACGACUUCUGGCCCCGGGUUCUUAAGGUGUGCCGCCAGUUGCCGUUGCCGGAUAAAGCCCAGCCGAUCAG